AUGUUUAAGAAAACGAUGCAGCAGAAAAGACAAUCUUUUAUAAAGAACAAGAGUGAAGUCUAUCCUCAAAAAAGCGUAAAUCUUGGUAAUAAAAUAAAAGUGAGGAGUAAAACUAUGAACAGUAAAAUAAAAGUUGUGGUGAGGAAGAGACCACUGAGCGAAUUAGAAAAGAAGAAAAAAGAUAGUGAUAUAAUUACAGUAAAAAACAAUUGUACGCUUUAUAUAGAUGAACCAAGAUAUAAAGUGGAUAUGACAAAAUAUAUAGAAAGGCAUGAAUUUAUUGUAGAUAAAGUUUUUGAUGAUACGGUUGAUAAUUUCACAGUAUAUGAGAAUACCAUAAAACCAUUAAUAAUAGAUUUAUAUGAGAAUGGUUGUGUAUGUUCUUGUUUUGCUUAUGGGCAAACAGGUAGCGGGAAGACUUAUACGAUGUUAGGUUCACAACCGUAUGGACAGAGUGAUACCCCUGGUAUAUUUCAAUACGCAGCAGGGGAUAUAUUUACCUUUUUAAAUAUUUAUGAUAAAGAUAAUACGAAAGGGAUAUUUAUAUCAUUUUAUGAAAUUUAUUGUGGUAAAUUAUAUGAUUUAUUACAAAAACGUAAGAUGGUAGCAGCAUUAGAAAAUGGGAAAAAAGAAGUUGUAGUAAAAGAUUUAAAAAUAUUAAGAGUAUUAACAAAAGAAGAAUUAAUAUUAAAAAUGAUAGAUGGUGUUUUAUUAAGAAAAAUUGGUGUUAAUUCACAAAACGAUGAAUCAUCUAGAUCACAUGCUAUAUUAAAUAUUGAUUUAAAAGAUAUAAAUAAAAAUACAUCUCUUGGAAAAAUUGCUUUCAUUGAUUUAGCAGGAAGUGAAAGAGGAGCUGAUACCGUUUCACAAAAUAAACAAACACAAACCGAUGGAGCUAAUAUUAAUAGAUCUUUACUAGCCUUAAAGGAAUGUAUUCGAGCUAUGGAUUCAGAUAAAAAUCAUAUACCUUUCAGAGAUUCAGAAUUAACUAAAGUUUUAAGAGAUAUAUUUGUAGGGAAAUCUAAAAGUAUUAUGAUAGCUAAUAUUUCUCCUACAAUUAGUUGUUGUGAGCAAACAUUGAAUACAUUAAGAUAUUCUUCAAGAGUUAAGAACUUUAAAAAUAAAUCUACAUGUAUAAAUGAAGAAGAUGAUACAAAUACCGAAAGAAUUAGUAUAUUAGAUUCAAAGGGAAGUGAAAUGAAUGCAUCUAGUAUAGAAAAUGUAGUUAUCAAAUCAAAUCAUCUUCUUUCAAAUAAUAAUAAUAAUAAAAUCAAUCGUGGCAAAAUUAAUGAUAAGAUAGAAAGAAAUAAUAUCUUAAAAAAUAAAUCUUUUGAUAAACCUAGGGAAGGAUUCACAUCAACCUUUGGAAAAUACAGUUCACUUAAUGAUAUAGACAAAAUAAAGAAAAAUAAGAAAAAGGGUUUAAUUAAUUAUAAAAGUACAUUAUAUAAUGACAACACCAUAAAUAAAAAGCACAACAAUAAUAAUAAUAAUAAUAAUGAUAAUAAUGAUAAUAAUAAUGAUAAUAAUAAUAAUAAUAAUAAUGAUAGUAGUAGUAUGGUCAAUAACAUGAUCAAUCAUAUGAUCAAUAAUAAUAUUAACAACAAUAUCAAUGUAAAUAACAACAAUAAUAAUAAUAAUAAUAACAAUAAUAGUCAUAAUAAUCAUCUACCACAACCCAACUAUGCAUUUACCGAUACAUCCGAUUUUUCUUCGCUUGACGAUAUGAACUGUCAUUUAAACAAUAACGACAAAAGUAUUUUUCUACACAAAAAAAAUUUAAGAGACAACAUUAAAUUGAAAAACAGAAGUAGUUGUGAUAACAUUAUGAACAAGAAGAAAAACAAUCUUCAUUUAGCUAGACAUAGUGUCGGAAGUAAAUUAACAAUGUUUUCAUAUGACCCACAAAAAAAUAAGGAUAAUACAUUUUUUAAAAGUAAUAUAAACAAAAUGGAAGAUAAUACACCUAAGGAUAUACUAUAUGAGUCUAGGAAUGUAUCGAAUAUGAAUGGUAAUGUUUUAUUAGGGUUAAACAAGAAUACUCAUCACGAUAUCUCGACAAAGGAUGAAAAUCAUAAUGAUAAUAAAAUAAACAAUGGUGUUAUUAACAUUAUAAAUAAUAGUAAUGUGAAUAGUAUAAAUAAUAGUAAUAUGAAUAGUAUAAAUAAUAGUAAUAUGAAUAGCAAUAGUAUUUAUAAAAGUAACUAUAAUAGUAAUCAGUCCAUAUCAGAUGUUCAAAUUAGAUACGUGAACGAAAUGGACACUAGCAAUAAAAAUAAUGACAACAUAUUUUUUGAUGCUAUAUCAUGUGAUAAUAACAUGUAUCCUAAUAUAACAAAUAAUAAUAAUAAUAAUAAUAAUAAUAAUAAUAAUAAUAAUAACAAUAUUGAUGUGGAGAAUUAUAAUAAUCGUGAUGGUACAAAUAACUCUAUGAAGUUGUAUGCUUAUAAUAGUCAUAACUUAUUUCAACCUGAUAAUAAUAAAAAUACAUCAAACAUUCAGAAUAUAAAUACAAAUAAAAAUAAUCAAGAUGGGAAUGUAAAUUAUUCAAUGAAUUUUUGCCAUUAUAAUUUAAAUGAUAAAAAUUAUUUGAUAGAUUUAAAUAAUAAGGAACAAAAGGAUAAAAACAUACAUGGAUGUGACAAUAAUAUUAUUCAAAAUAGGAACGAUUUUGAAAAAAAGAAAAAAACCAAUUUUUACAAUAAUAAUAAUAUUGUUAUAGUAAAUAAUAAUAUGGGAAAUAACAAUAGUCCCCGUAUGAAAUAUGGUUUAUGUGGUAGUCAUACAAGUAUUGAUAAUAUGAAAAAUAAUGAAAUGAAAAAUAAUGAAAUGAAAGAUAAUGAAAUGAAAGAUAAUCAUAUAAAAAGUAACAAUAAUAAUAGUAGUAGUAGUAGUAGUAGUAAUAAUAAUAUUUAUAAUAAUAUUAAUGAUGAUGAUACAUUUCAAAAUGAUUAUUGUCACAAUGAUAAUACCUUUACUAUUAGACGAAAAAACAAUACUAAUAUAAAUAGUAACAUAUACCAAAAUGAUGAUAUAAUUUAUACAAUAAAUAGUUUAAAUGAUUAUAUGAGCAAUACCCUGUUACAUUUUAAAGAGAAAUAUACAUAUCCAACACUAAGCACAAAUGAAGAUAUAUAUAAUAAAGAAAUGGAAGGAAAACAUAUAAGGCUGGAUGAUCAAGAUAAAUAUGAUGAUAAUGAUAAUAAUAAUGUUGAUAAUAAUAAUAAAAAUAAUGUUGAUAAUAAUGUUGAUAAUAAUAAUGUUGAUAAUAAUGUUGAUAAUAAUGAUAAAAAUAAUGUUGAUAAUAAUAAUGUUGAUAAUGAUGAUGAUGAUGUAGAUUUUCAUAAUAUAAAAAAUUUUAAUAAUAAUGAAUAUCUUAGCUACUUUCAAAAAAAUGUAGAUACAAUAAUAAAUAAUUGCUUAAAUUCUUUAGAUAUUUCUAGUAUGUAUGAUGAUACAAAAGAGAUACUAAAUAAUAUCCUAUUAUCUAAAUAUAAAGCUGAAAAAGAUAAUGUUAUAAAAAAAUAUAUUAAUGAAGAUAUAAAAAAUAUGUCUUUAGAAGAAAUCGAUAAAACAGCUCAGUCCAUUUAUGAAAAGAGAAAAGUAUUACUUACAAAAUUAUUAUUAUUAUUUAAAAAAAAUGUAGAUACACAAAUAAAUAAUGAAACAAGUGAUUUAAGAAAAGAUCUUGUUAUGUGUCACAUAUGUAAUAAUAAUCCUGAUGAUCAAUUUCAUUUUUAUGCAUAUAGUAGACUAGAAAAAGAUAUUAUUAAUUUAAUUAUGUUAAGACAAAUAUGGUGUGAGAGUGAAAACUUAAGACUCUUAUAUCAAUUCUUAGUAGUAGAAUAUCAAAAUAAAUCAGCAAAUUCUGUUUUAUUAAAUGUCUCUUCAAAUAAUGGUGACAUUAUAUUACUUAAUAAAAAAUUGGUUCAAGAUAACAUCAAAAAUUCUAUGGACCACAACAAUAUACACAAAAAAUAA